AAUGAACAAUGACCAUAGUUGACAGAUCUUCAGAGAAAUCUGACCUCGAGUCAGUCGGGUGCAAGCGCUCUGGAUCGCUGACCUUUCCCGGUGGUGACGGGAACGGGAUGGACAGUGGCUGCUCCAGCUGGGGGGCGGGGGGCCCCUCGUCCUCCGACACCCCCAGGGUGAAGACAGGGGGCUGCAUGGGCCCCACCCCUGGAGCCACUGUCUACAGCAGCAGUGCUGCCAUCACCUCAGACAGGGCCAAGGAGCAAGGUGAGGAGGGUUGGUGUGCUCAACUCACAUCUUUUAACUCUUAACAGAUAUAGCAGGACUCAAAGUGCAUAAAAUGACAGAAGGAAAAGACCUUCACUCAGAAGGAAAGGACCUUAAGUUCGUUCAUUGGAAAAUGGUCUUCAAAAUUAUAAUGCAAGCAAGAUUUUAAAGAAUACAGCGCCUUCGGAAAGUAUUUAGACCCCUUGACUUUUUCCACAUUUUGUUACGUUACAGCCUUAUUCGAAAAUUGAUUAAAUACAUGUUUUUCCUCAAUCUACACACAAUACCUGAUAAUGACAAAGCAAAAACAGGUUUGUAGAAUUUUCUGCACAUUUAUUAAAAAUAGAAAUACCUUAUUUACAUAAGUAUUCAGACCCUUUGCUAUGAGACUCGAAAUUGAGCUCAGGUGCAUCCUGUUUACAUUGAUCAUCCUUGAUGUUUCUACAACUUGAUUGGAGUCCUCCUGUGGUAAAUUCAAUUGAUUGGACAUGAUUUGGAAAGGCACACACACCUGUCUAUAUAAAGGUCCCACAGCUGACAGUGCAUGUCAGAGCAAAAACCAAGCCAUGAGGUCGAAGGAAUUGUCCGUAGAGCUCCGAGACAGGAUUGUGUCGAGGCAAUGAUCUGGGGAAGGGUACCAAAAAAUGUCUGCAGCAUUGAAAGUCCCCAAGAACACAGUAGCCUCCAUCAUUCUUGAAUGGAAAAAGUUUGGAACCACCAAGACUCUUCCUAGAGCUGGCCGCCCGGCCAAACUGAGCAAUCGGGGGAGAAGGGCCUUGGUCAGGGAGGUGACCAAGAAACUAUGGUCACUCUGACAGAGUUCCUCAGUGGAGAUGGGAGAACCUUCCAGAAGGACAACCAUAUCUGCAGCACUCCACCAAAUCAGGCCUUUAUGGUAGCUUGGCCAGACAGAACCACUCCUCAGUAAAAGGCACAUGACAGCCCGCUUGGAGUUUGCCAAAAGGCACCUAAAGGACUCUCAGACCAUGAGAAACAAGAUUCUCUUGUCUGAUGAAACCAAGAUUGAACACUUUAGCCAGAAUGCCAAGCGUCACAUGGUGGUGGCAGCAUCAUGUUGUGGGGAGGUUUUUCAGUGGCAGGGAAUGGGAGACUAGUCAGGAUUGUGGGAAAGAUGAAUGGAGCAAAGUACAGAGAGAUCCUUGAUGAAAACCUGCUCCAAGGCGCUCAGGACCGCAGACUGGGGCGACGGUUCACCUUCCAACAGGACAACGACCCUAAGCACACAGCCAAGACAACGCAGGAGUGGCUUCGGGACAAGUCUCUGAAUAUCCUUGAGUGGCCCAGCCAGAGCCCGGACUUGAACCCGAUCGAACAUCUCUGGAGAGACCUGGAAAUAGCUGUGCAGCGAUGCUCCCCAUCCAACCUGACAGAGCUUGAGAGGAUCUGCAGAGAAGAAUGGGAGAAACUCCCCAAAUACAGGUGUGCCAAGCUUGUAGCGUCAUACCCAAGAAGAAUUGAGGCUGUAAUCGCUGCCAAAAGGUGCUUCAAAGUACUGAGUAAAGGGUCUGAAUACUUAUGUAAAUGUCAUAUUUAAGGUAGAUUUUUUUUUAUAUACAUUUACAAAAAAUUCUAACAUGUUUUUUCUUUGUUAUUAUGGGGUUUUGUGUGUAGAUUGAUGAGGGGGAAAAAAACUAUUUAAUCCAUUUUAGAAUAAGGAUGUAACGUAACAAAAUGUGGGAAAAGUGAAGGGGUCUGAAUACUUUCCGAAUGCACUGUAUUUCAAGUCUCUCCAUACAGGGAGUGCUGAGUUGAGUAGCUGUGGUUUCCCACUUCUCUUCUCAUAAGUGACUGCCUGAACCGGUUCUCCUAGGUGUUUUAUGUUGCAGUCUUCUUUUAUACUGGCCCAGUUAUGUAACCAUAUUGUUCUCUGAGGGGUGUAAAUCAAUAGCCUGAUAUACCCUGAACCAUAGAUCCUGUGGCACCACAUGUUAUGUCAGUAAACAAGAAACACAGCAUUUUCCUACCUUCCCCCACCCAUCAAAUAUGCCCUAGCUUUGAAUUGAAGUCUUUUCAGACUCUCUCAGAAAUUGAUUGUCAAUUUCAUAGUGCCUUGAAGUUGGACACAUUCAAAAAAUAACCUUUCCUAAGACGUCCUUCAGAGAUUUAUUCCCACUGGUUUAUCUACCAGGCAACACUCCUUUUGUCAUGGCUUUCAGUAUGUAUUUAACUGUUUAUUUCCCCUUCCCCUUUGCAGUGGUGCUGACCAGUGGGGACGGCAUCGCACUGCCCCAGAAGGUGCUGUUCCCGGCCGAGCGGCUCAGCCUGAAGUGGAACCAGGUCCACCGCAUCGGAUCAGGUCUCCAGAACCUGGGCAACACCUGCUUCCUCAACUCGGCUCUGCAGUGUCUCACCUACACAGCUCCCCUCACUAACUACAUGCUGUCCCGGGAGCACUCUAAAACAUGUAUGUGGAUAAUAGAACCAGGGGCUUUGUUGUUAUUACAUUUUCAUAAUGAACAAGCAGGAGAAGGUUAGAAAAAGAAAAAAAGAAAUAAAAUAAGUCAUAUUCGACAAACAGCGGCUUCAAAUUUAUCAGUGCCUUCAGAAAGUAUUCAUACCAUUUGACUUAUUCCACAUUUUGUUGUGUUACAGCCUGAAUUCAAAAUGGACCCCCCCCAAAAAUAAAAAACAAUUCACCCAUCUACACACAAUACCCCAUAAUGACAAAGUGAAAACAUGUUUUUAGAUUUUUUUGCUAAAUUAAAUACAGAUAUCUCAUUUACAUAAGUAUUCAUUCCCCUUUGCUAUCCAAUUUCCUUUGAUCAUCCUUGAGAUGUCACUACAACUUGAUUAGAGUCCACCUGUGGCCAAUUCAAUUGUUUAGACAUGAUUUAGAAAGAAACACACCUGUCUAUAUAAGGUCCCACAGUUGCCAGUGCAUGUCAGAGCAGAAACUAUACCAUGAAGUCCAUGGAACUGUCUGUAGAUCUCAGAGAUAUAAUUGUGAUGAGGCAUAUAUCUGGGGAAGGGUAUAAAACAAUUUCUGGAGUGUUGAAACUUUCCAAGAGCACAGUGGUCUCCAUUUUUGGGAAAUUGAAAAAAUAUGUAACUACCCAGACUCUGCCUAGAGCUGGCCGUCUGACCAAACUGAGGAACCGGGCAAGAAAGACCUUGGUCAGGGAGGUGACCAAUAACCCAAUGACCACUCUGACAGAACUACAGAGUUCCUUGGCUGAGAUGGGAGAACCUGCCAGAAGAACAACAGUCUCUACAUGACAGCACGCCUGGAGUUUGCAAAAGGGCACGUGAAACACAGAUCAUAAGGUCUGAUGAGACAAAAAUUGAACUAUUUGGCCUGAAUGCAAAGCACUAUGUUUGGAGAAAACCAGGCACAGCUCAUCACCCGUCUAACACCAUCCCUACCGUGCAGCAUGGGAUGCUAUUCAGCGGCAGCGAAUGGGAGACUGGUAAGUAUAGCGGGAAGAAUGAAUGAAGCCAAAUACAGGCAAAUCCUUGAUGAGAACCUGCUUCAGAGUUCAAACGACCUUAGACUGGGGGGCGGAGAUUUACGUUCCAACAGGACAAUGACCCCAAUCCUAUUGAAAAUCUGUGGAAAGACUUGAGGAUUGUUGUUUACCGCCGCUCCCCAUCUAACUUAACAGCUUGAGAAAAUCUGCAAGGAAGAAUGGGAGAAAAUCCUAAAAGCUGAUACAGACAUACGACUCAAAGCUGUAAUCGCCGCCGAAGGUGCUUCUACAAAGUAUUGACUCAGGGGUGUGAACAUUUAUGUAAAUUAGAUAUGUAUUUCAUUUUCAAUACAUUUGAAAAUGAAAUACAAAUUCAAAAACCAUGUUAACUUUUUAUUAUGGGGUAUUGUGUGUAGAUGGGUGAGAGAAAUCAAAAUAAUCUAUUUUGAAUUCGGGCUGUAACAUAACAAAAUGUGGAAUAAGUCAAGGGGAGUGAAUACUUUCUGGGCACUGUAUGUUGGUUCUUUGCUUAAAGGGAUACUUUGGGGUUUUGGCAAUUAGUGAUGGGGUAAAAAAAAAAGUUACAUAUUGGGAUAUUAUUUUUUUCAAUAUAUUUUAUCUAAUCGCAAUAUUAUUUUUGCGUUAGUUGGCUGUACCUGCACCAAAACUCUAUGUUAUAGACUUCCAGUCAUUGCGCUAAUGCUAGUUAGCAUUGGGUCACAAAACUACUUCUAACUUCCUUCAUACUGUUCAUCUGACUCUGGGGAAGUAGAUAAAAGGGUCUCAUUGCCAUAAUCCCGAAGUAUCCCUUUAAAGGUCAAGUGCAGUCCCUAAAAGUUGGAAUAAUGUGAAAAUUACGAUAUUGCCCUUUUAGUGUACGAGCUGUUUGAAAAGAUCGCCUGAAAUUUCUGCCUGUUUUUGGUGGGAUGGAGUUUUGGCCUGCCUGGGCAGUAAAUUAGUUAAUAGACCAAUUAGAAAGAGUUCCAAACCUCUCUGCCAGCAACAGCUAGUUUUCCCCUCCCAACUCAGACCACUCCCAGACAAUCCUAGCAACAUUCUUGCUUGAGAAAUAGUUUUUUGUUAAGCUAUUUUGGUUUCUUUUUGACCUUUUUAAUUGAAAACAAUCACAUUAAGGUACUUAAUUGUUACCCAGAAAUGAUUUGAUAUUGAGACCUUUAAUGCAUUGGACCUUUAAUGCCUAUUACCUGAUUGACCAUCAUCUGUGUUGAUGUUCAGGUCACGAGCCUGGGUUCUGUAUGAUGUGCACCAUGCAGAAUCACAUCACCCAGGUCUUCGCCAACUCUGGGAAUGUCAUCAAGCCCAUCGGAGUCCUCAAUGAGCUCAAACGUAAGUAGUGUUUACUUGGAAUCAGAGGGGGAAACCCAUUAGCACAAAGUUGAUAGGAAAGUCUGUUCAGACGUGUUGAAAGCCAUUACAACUAAAUAACCUGUCCGCAAAAUAGUUUUUCCCUCAAAAAUGGAAGGAGAGUUGGGACUGCAUCAUAGGUGCAGAAUUCUGGGAAACCUAGUCGGCAAAAUAGCUUUCCCACCAAAAGAGUUGCCGCUGUCAUUUUUGGAGGGAAAACUGACAGUCUUCCUCCUCUACACCUCUGUAUAACACCUGUGCAGGGAUUGCAAAGCAUUUCCGCUUUGGCAGCCAAGAGGACGCCCAUGAGUUCCUGCGGUACACAGUGGACGCUAUGCAAAAGUCCUGCCUGCCUCUAAACAAGUAGGUGUUACACUGAAAUCAGUGUUCAGCCACUAGGAAGCACUGUUCUGUACUCACAUCUCAUCUGACCCACAUUCACGUACAGCACAGAGUGAGACAUGAUUAAUAUAUAAUGUUUUAGUGACCAUCUCCUAGACACCAGGGACCCUUAACUGACUUUAGGAUCCCCCUCCUUUGUAGUGGAGGGCUAUUCUGCUCCCCAACAGGUUGCCUCUACUCUCAGCAAUUACUUUUGCUCUAUUUCCUCUGCUGUCGGUUCCUCCUCAAAGGACAUUGUGUCCCAACGAGAAAUUAAAUGAAGGCUAUCUUGAUUGAUAUGAUCCUGUGUAUACACAUAGAAGGCAAUUUCCCUGAAGGCUAUUGGGAGUCCCUGAUAAGCAUCUUUAACGGUUUGAUGUUUCCUUUUUCAACAGAUUGGACAGGCAAACGCAGGCAACCAGUUUCAUCCAUCAAGUCUUUGGAGGGUAUCUACGGUCUAGAGGUACGCUUAUUAGUGUAAUCUUUAAAUGUUUCACUUACUGAAGCCGAUACAAGCGUUGCAUGCUCUUUGCGGUAUUAGACUAGGUAUCUGUAAUGCACUGUGACAACUGCUGAAUACGUUUGAUUGAUUGAAAUACUUUCUUGUUGUGUGUGCUGCACACCAUUAGAACAUUUGAAGAAGCAAUUAUGAUUAGAUGUCUAUUAUUGGUUAAUAGGCAUGAUGCUCUAAUUGUCUCUAUGCUGUCUUUUUACAGUAAAAUGUUUAAACUGCAAAGCAGUCUCUGACACGUUUGACCCUUAUUUGGACGUUGCUUUGGAAAUAAAGGUAACAGUGAACUACCUUUCAUGCUGCACAAUGGGGGAACCUGUCAAACCUUUUGGUGUCUUGCUAAGAAUGCAUCAUUGACAACUGUCACCCGUGUUACCUUUCAGACUGCUCCCAGUAUCACCAAGGCUCUGGAGCAGUUUGUUAAGCCUGAGCAGCUAGAUGGCGAGAACGCCUACAGAUGCGCUAAGUGAGUAGAUCUGGAUUCAUUUAUUGUUCAUCUCAGCAUAGCGCUGCCUAAACCAGUGCUAUUAUUGUUCAUCUCAACAUAGCACUGCCUAAACCAGUGCUAUUAUUGUUCAUCUCAGCAUAGCGCUGCCUAAACCAGUGCUAUUAUUGUUCAUCUCAGCAUAGCGCUGCCUAAACCCGUGUUAUUAUUGUUCAUCUCAGCAUAGCGCUGCCUAAACCCGUGUUAUUAUUGUUCAUCUCAGCAUAGCGCUGCCUAAACCAGUGUUAUUAUUGUUCAUCUCAGCAUAGCGCUGCCUAAUCCAGUGUUAUCAUACACAAAAAUGUAUGCACGCAUGACUGUAAGUCGCUUUGGAUAAAAGCGUCUGCUAAAUGGCAUAUUAUUAUUAUUAUUAUUAUUGUUCAUCUCAGCAUAGCGCUGCCUAAUCCAGUGUUAUUAUUGUUCAUCUCAGCAUAGCGCUGCCUAAACCCGUGUCAUUAUUGUUCAUCUCAGCAUAGCGCUGCCUAAACCCGUGUUAUUAUUGUUCAUCUCAGCAUAGCGCUGCCUAAACCAGUGUUAUUAUUGUUCAUCUCAGCAUAGCGCUGCCUAAACCCGUGUCAUUAUUGUUCAUCUCAGCAUUGCGCUGCCUAAACCAGUGUUAUUAUUGUUCAUCUCAGCAUAGCGCUGCCUAAACCCGUGUUAUCAUUGUUCAUCUCAACAUAGCGCUGCCUAAACCAGUGUUAUUAUUGUUCAUCUCAGCAUAGCGCUGCCUAAACCCUUGUGUUAUUAUUGUUCAUCUCAGCAUAGCGCUGCCUAAUCCAGUGUUAUUAUUGUUCAUCUCACUAUAGCGCUGCCUAAUCCAGUGUUAUUAUUGUUCAUCUCAGCAUAGCGCUGCCUAAUCCAUUGUUAUUAUUGUUCAUCUCAGCAUAGCGCUGCCUAAACCAGUGUUAUUAUUGUUCAUCUCAACAUAGCGCUGCCUAAACCCGUGUUAUUAUUGUUCAUCUCAGCAUAGCGCUGCCUAAUCCAUUGUUAUUAUUGUUCAUCUCAGCAUAGCGCUGCCUAAUCCAUUGUUAUUAUUGUUCAUCUCAGCAUAGCGCUGCCUAAUCCAUUGUUAUUUGUUCAUCUCAGCAUAGCGCUGCCUAAACCAGUGUUAUGAUUGUUCAUCUCAACAUAGCGCUGCCUAAACCCGUGUUAUUAUUGUUCAUCUCAGCAUAGCGCUGCCUAAUCCAUUGUUAUUAUUGUUCAUCUCAGCAUAGCGCUGCCUAAUCCAGUGUUAUUAUUGUUCAUCUCAGCAUAGCGCUGCCUAAUCCAUUGUUAUUAUUGUUCAUCUCAGCAUAGCGCUGCCUAAACCAGUGUUAUUAUUGUUCAUCUCAACAUAGCGCUGCCUAAACCCGUGUUAUUAUUGUUCAUCUCAGCAUAGCGCUGCCUAAUCCAGUGUUAUUAUUGUUCAUCUCAGCAUAGCGCUGCCUAAUCCAGUGUUAUUAUUGUUCAUCUCAGCAUAGCGCUGCCUAAACCCGUGUUAUUAUUGUUCAUCUCAGCAUAGCGCUGCCUAAACCCGUGUCAUUAUUGUUCAUCUCAGCAUAGCGCUGCCUAAACAGUGUUAUUAUUGUUCAUCUCAGCAUAAGCGCUGCCUAAACCGUGUUAUUAUUGUUCAUCUCAACAUAGCGCUGCCUAAACCAGUGUUUGUAUGUUCAUCUCAGCAUAGCGCUGCCUAAAUCCAGUUGUUAUUAUUGUUCAUCUCAAGCAUAGCGCUGCCUAAACCCUUGUUAUUAUUGUUCAUCUCAGCAUAGCGCUGCCUAAAUCCCAGUGUAUUAUUGUUCAUCUCAGCAUAGCGCUGCCUAAACCAGUGUUAUUAUUGUUCAUCUCAGCAUAGCGCUGCCUAAACCCGUGUUAUUAUUGUUCAUCUCAGCAUAGCGCUGCCUAAACCAGUGUUAUUAUUGUUCAUCUCAGCAUAGCGCUGCCUAAUCCAGUGUUAUUAUUGUUCAUCUCAGCAUAGCGCUGCCUAAUCCAGUGUUAUUAUUGUUCAUCUCAGCAUAGCGCUUGCCUAAACCAGUGUUAUUAUUGUUCAUCUCAGCAUAGCGCUGCCUAACCCUUGUUAUUAUUGUUCAUCUCAGCAUAGCGCUGCCUAAACCGGUGUUAUUAUUGUUCAUCUCAGCAUAGCGCUGGCCUAAUCCAGUGUUAUUAUUGUUCAUCUCAGCAUAGCGCUGCCUAAUCCAGUGUUUUAUUGUUUCAUCUCAGCAUAGCGCUGCCUAAUCCAGUGUUAUUAUUGUUCAUCUCAGCAUAGCGCUGCCUAAUCCAGUGUUAUUAUUGUUCAUCUCAGCAUAGCGCUGCCUAAACCCGUGUUAUUAUUGUUCAUCUCAGCAUAGCGCUGCCUAAACCCGUGUUAUUAUUGUUCAUCUCAGCAUAGCGCUGCCUAAUCCAGUUGUUAUUAUUGUUCAUCUCAGCAUAGCGCUGCCUAAUCCAGUGUUAUUAUUGUUCAUCUCAGCAUAGCGGCUGCCUAAAUCCAGUGUUAUUAUUGUUCAUCUCAGCAUAGCGCUGCCUAAACCAGUGUUAUUAUUGUUCAUCUCAGCAUAGCGCUGCCUAAACCAGUGUUAUUAUUGUUCAUCUCAGCAUAGCGCUGCCUAAACCAGUGUUAUUAUUGUUCAUCUCAGCAUAGCGCUGCCUAAACCCGUGUUAUUAUUGUUCAUCUCAGCAUAGCGCUGCCUAAUCCAGUGUUAUUAUUGUUCAUCUCAGCAUAGCGCUGCCUAAACCAGUGUUAUUAUUGUUCAUCUCAGCAUAGCGCUGCCUAAUCCAGUGUUAUUAUUGUUCAUCUCAGCAUAGCGCUGCCUAAACCAGUGUUAUUAUUGUUCAUCUCAGCAUAGCGCUGCCUAAACCAGUGUUAUUAUUGUUCAUCUCAGCAUAGCGCUGCCUAAACCCUUGUGUUAUUAUUGUUCAUCUCAGCAUAGCGCUGCCUAAACCAGUGUUAUUAUUGUUCAUCUCAGCAUAGCGCUGCCUAAACCAGUGUUAUUAUUGUUCAUCUCAGCAUAGCGCUGCCUAAUCCAGUGUUAUUACAACCUAGUGCUGCAUGUUUUGUUUCAUGGGUAUUUCUAACUGAUCUGUCUGUGCAGGUGUAAGAAGAUGGUUCCAGCCUCUAAGAGAUUCACCAUCCACCGCAGCGCCAACGUGCUCACCAUCUCACUGAAGCGCUUCGCCAACUACAAUGGGGGCAAGAUCGCUAAGGUAAGACAUCAGAAAACAUUGUCAGCAAAAUGAACAUGGAAAUCAGUGUUUUUUACAGAUUUUUUCAUGAAAACUUUCUCUAGAUUUCCACUGACAUUGCCUGUCUCUCUCCUUUAGGACGUGAGGUAUUCUGAGUGCCUGGACCUGCGUCCCUUCAUGUCCCAGUCCCACGGGGAGCCCCAGGUCUACGUGCUCUACGCUGUCCUGGUGCACUCUGGCUUCAGCUGCCACGCUGGACACUACUACUGCUAUGUCAAGGUAAGCCCUAAUAUACACUACUACGUCGAGGUAAGCCCUAAUAUACACUACUACUGCUACUAUACAGUGCAUUCGGAAAGUAUUCAGACCCCUUCCCUUUUUCCACAUUUUAUUACGUUACAGCCUUAUUCUAGAAUUACUUUUUUUUACUCAAUCUACACACAAUACCCCGUAAUGACAAAGUGAAAACAAGUUUAGACAUUUUUAUAAAUAUAUAAAAACAUUUUUAAACAUACCUUUAAGUAUUGCUAUGAGACUCGAAAUUGGGCUCAGGUGCAUCCUGUUUCCAUUGAUCAUCCUUGAUGUUUCUACAACUUGAUUGGAGCCCACCUGUGGUAAAUUCAAUUGAUUGGACAUGAUUUGGAAAGGCACACACCUGUCUAUAUAAGGUUCCACAGUUGACAGUGCAAACACUAAGCCAUGAGGUCGAAGGAAUUGUCCGUAGAGCUCCGUACCAAAACAUUUCUGUAGCAUUGAAGGUCCCCAAGAACACAGUGGCCUCCAUUCUUAAAUGGAAGAAGUUUGGAAUCACCAAGACUCUAAUCGGGGGAGAAGGGCCUUGGUCAGGGAGGUGACAGAGCUCCAGAGUUCCUCUGUGGAGAUGGGGGAACCUUCCAGAAGGACAACCAUCUCUGCAGCACUCCACCAAUCAGGCCUUUAUGGUAGAGUGGCCAGACGGAAGCCACUCCUCAGUAAAAGGCACAUGACAGCCCGCUUGGAGUUUGCCAAAGAUCACCAAAAAAACUCUGGACCAUGAGAAACAAGAUUCUCUGGUCUGAUAAAACAAAGAUUGAACUCUUUGGCCUGAAUGCCAAGCGUCACGUCUGGAGGAAACCUGGCACCAUGCCUACGGUGAAGCAUGGUGGUGGCAGCAUCAUGCUGUGGGGAUGUUUUUCCAGAGGCAGGGACUGGGAGACUAGUCAGGAUCGAGGGAAAGAUGUACAGAGAGAUCCUUGAUGAAAACCUGCUUCAGAGUGCUCAGAACCUCAGACUGGGGCGAUGGUUCACCUUCCAACAGGACAACGACCCUAAUCACACAGCCAAGACAACGCAGGAGUGGCUUCAAGACAAGUCUCUGAAUGUCCUUGAGUGGCCCAGCCAGAGUCCGAACUUGAACCGGAUCGAACAUCUCUGGAGAGACCUGAAAAUAGCUCUGCAGCGACGCACCCCAUCCAACCUGACAGAGCUUGAGAGGAUCUCGAGGCUGUAAUCACUGCCAAAAGGUGCUUCAACAAAGUACUGAGUAAAGGGUCUGGAUAUUUCAGUUUUUUUAUUUUUAAUACAUUUCCAAAAAUUUCUAAAAACAAUUGUUUUUGCUUCGUCAUUAUGGGGUAUUGUGUGUUGAUUGAUGAGGGGGAAAAAAACAAUUAUCCAUUUUAGAAUAAGGAUGUAAUGUAACAAUGUGGAAAAAGGGAAGAGUCUGAAUACUUUCCGGAUGCACUGUAUAUUAGUAGUAGUGUAUGUUAGGGCUUAUUAAUAUAUACUGCUACGUCGAGGUAAGCCUUAAUAUACACUACUACUAAUAUAUACUGCUACGUCAAGGUAAGCCCUAACAUCUAACCUAAUAUAUCUUACUACUGCUACUUCAAGGUAAGCUCCAAUAUUGGCAGAAGGCACUAGUAGGACGGUUCUCGAACACUCAAUCAAUCAAUGAGAGAGAAAGCUUAGCGACUACAACCCAAACCCCCAUGUGAAUAAUCCUCUCACGACUUCUAUGUAAGCCAGAUGUUUGAUUACAGUCUUCUAUAAAGGAUUAUAUUAAUGUGUACGUAUGGUGUCAGUGUGAUGCAUGUUUUAUAAGUCUCUCUCUUUCAGGCUAGCAACGGCCAGUGGUACCAGUUGAAUGACUCCUCUGUGUCAGUCAGUGACAUCAGGUCAGUCCUCAACCAGCAGGCUUACGUCCUCUUCUACAUCAGGUGAGUAGCUCCCAUUCACUGUGUAGUGUACAUCCAGUCACCACGCAAUAGUCCUGCACAGGUUUUCCCUUUUAGUGGUUAUGUUUCUGAUCGGUGAUGGGUGCUGCCUGUUCUGGCCACCAGGUCACCUGAUCUGAAGAACGGAGGGGACUACAACUACACGAGUCGGACCCCGGGGUCCCCCAGCCAGUCGUCCCCCCACCCCAUCCUCACACCCCGGGUCAACAUUGGGCCACGACACACCAACACCGGCUUCAUAGGGCCACAGCUGCCCCCACACAUGGCCAAGGUACAGCCUACGUACACACCAUCUUCUGCACAAUCAUCUGUUCAGAGGCAAGACGUGUAUCAAGAGCCUGUAACCAAUGUGUCUUUUUCCCCAGAACACUUUUCACAUCAAUGGGAACGGCUCCCUAAGGGACUACCCCUCUGGCUGGAAGCCCAGCACCAGCAGUGACAGCAGCAUGGGCAAGACUAGCUACAGCCAGCUUGCCUCCUCCUCCCAUCCUCUCAGCCGUCCCACAGGCAUCCUUGACCCCGCCAAGCGCCAGAAGCUCUCCUUCUUCAUCGGUCAGGGCAAACAGAUCCACCCCUCUUCUUCGUCACAGUCUACCUCAGACAUGUCCGCGCCCCGGGCUCCUCGCGUUAACGGCACUUCCUCCGGUAACAGAAACGGUCACGGGGCAUCGUUCCUGGUGCCGUACGGCCAGGAGUCGUCUGAGGAGUCGGACCAGGAGGGAGGCAGUGGUCUGGGAAACGGCACGGCCAAGCCUCACGUUAACAGGAGAAAGGGAGAGACCGUCUACGGCCCCGUUCCCAGAGUGCUGGCCCUCAAGACCAACGACAUCGGUAACGGCCAGGCUACCAUGCACCAUAACGGUACCAACAGCUUCUCCAAACUCAGCCAGAACGGACAUCAGAAUGGACACCACAACGUCAAUGGCAUCAAACACCCUGAGAAGGUACUUCUAGUCAGCCGACACACAUUUUAAAUACUUUACUGAACUCCACAAAUCACAUUACAUUUGCGAAAGGAUUCACACACAUAAACACCUGUGUACUCAUUAUCUGUGUGGCUGUUGUUGUGCAGAUCAACAGUAACGGUCAUGUGAUGUCGCCCGGUUUGGGUUGCAGCAUGUCUAAUGGGGCGGAGUCUCACCACAGUGGCCCAAGGUGAGCGUGAUCACAUUCUCUUCUUUUGAUCCACUUUGCAUGAUGAUUUGAAGAUCCAGUAAUUCAUUAAUGUUGUUGUCUUUUUCUACAGCAAAGAGGUGUAUAGCGUCACCUCCAGACAGGUCAGCACCUCUCAGGGCCUGCACAGUGCUGACAGCGACAGCCGCCUCUCCCUCACCCCAGAGAAAUGGGCUAAAACUCACUCUGACCCCCUCCCUCACCACGCACCAUCAACCGCUGCUAAACCUCCAUCCUCAUUGGCCGAUGUUGAAGCUAAGCCACUUACCGACGCCUUGAGGGAAUCCAGCUCCAACCCUGGGGCCUUAACCCUCCAGCCCACCCCCCGCUCCCUCAGUACCCCAGUCUCCCCAGCCAUCUCCAAGCCCCUCUCUGGACCAGGCCUGGGGGCCACGAAAGGCCUCGGAGCCCCACACAGGGGAUCUGGGGAGGACGUCAGGGAGACCCAGAACAGCCCAGCCGCAGGGCUGGAUGGACGGCUGGACGGCAAGCCCAGCUCCAGAGAGGGAAGAGACCAGAUGUACUCUUCUGAUCGUGAUGAGGAGAAAGACAGGUUGAACUCUUCUGAUCGUGAUGAGGAGAAAGACAGGUUGAACUCUUCUGAUCGUGAUAAGGAGAAAGACAGGUUGAACUCUUCUGAUCGUGAUGAGGAGAAAGACAGGUUGAACUCUUCUGAUCGUGAUGAGGAGGAAGACAGGUUGAACUCUUCUGAUCGUGAUAAGGAGAAAGACAGGUUGAACUCUUCUGAUCGUGAUAAGGAGAAAGACAGGUUGAACUCUUCUGAUCGUGAUGAGGAGAAAGACAGGUUGAACUCUUCUGAUCGUGAUAAGGAGAAAGACAGGUUGAACUCUUCUGAUCGUGAUGAGGAGAAAGACAGGUUGAACUCUUCUGAUCGUGAUAAGGAGAAAGACAGGUUGAACUCUUCUGAUCGUAAUAAGGAGCAAGACAGGUUGAACUCUUCUGAUCAGGAUAAGGAGAAAAACAGGUUGAACUCUUCUGAUCAGGAUAAGGAGAAAGACCGACUACAUUCUUCGGACUGCGAUAGGGAUCGAGACCGGCUAUACUCUUCUAACCGGGAUAAAGACUGUGAAGGGGAUAGGUACCACCGGGACAUGAGUCGUGAGCGCGACCGUGACUCAGACCACUACAGACACCGGCGGGACCACAGAGACAGAGACCACCACCGGUCGUACCGGGACCGCUCGGCCAGCCGGAACAGACACCGGGACUGGGAGUCUGAGCGUCGCUGGGAGAGGAACACCUACCACCCCAGAGACAGGGACAGGGACCGCUGUCACCACCAUUACCACCACAGACCCAGAGAGAACAGGAAUAGGGCCAGGAGGGAGCACAGCCUCCCCCACAGAGAGGAGCAUCAUGGACGUUCAAGGUGGAGGGAGGAGAGGGGUUACUACCCUUCACAGGAGACCCCCCUGCCCACCCCACUGAGCCCCAGCACCAAGCCCAGUCAGUCUCUCCCUCGCCCAGCCCUCUCCCCAGCCAGACCAGCCCUGGAGAAACGCCCAGAGCCUCUGAGAGAGGAGAGAGACAGCUCUGAGGAGCAUCGGGCCAAGAAGAGCAAGAAGAAGUCCAAGGACAGAGAGAGGCACAGAGAGAAUGGGUAAGGCAGUCUAUUUUCUCGCCUCCACAAUGAGACAAGGUGUCAGGGAAUUUAGUUCAGUUGUUACUUUAACUCUGACCUGGGUGUUCUUCCUUCCAGGACCUCUGACGUGGAUUCCUCUGACAGGGCGGCGGACGGCAGCAGGUCCUCCAAACACAAGAAGAAGAAGAAGAGGAGGAGGAAAAGGUACGACACUAACACGGAGGACGAGAAGUCGGGGGGUGAGACCCGCUCUACCCAGAGUUCCGAGGGGCACCGUGACACCAAUGCCCCCCGGGAGGUUCGCAGAGCGAGCAGCAGCGACGAUGAGAGGGCGAGCAAGAAGCGACGUUACCAGGACGAUGAUGGCUAUGACAACAGCUACCCCAAGAAACGCCAUCGCUUCAAAGAUGACGACAAAGACUGCUCCUUCUCCUCUCGUAAUGGAUCCCCUCACAACGCAUCGCACCGCCACUUCAACCAACACACUGGUAAGAAACUAGCAGAUUUACAUUAGACUAUACAAUGGUUUCUAUAGAUAUCAGGUCCAGUUGUUUCUCAGUUUGUCACUGUGUUAAUCUAUCAUUUUGACCAUAAUGUUUUUCUGUUGUAGGUAUUGGCUUCAGUCGACCCAAUGGAAACUCCCACGGAUGUUCUACUAAUGGACUGUACAAUGACCUUAGACAGUAG